AUGACUCCAUUCUUUGAUUGCUUCGAUGAUCAGGUUCGAUUCUUUCUCUACUGUGUAGUGGUUUCGUUCAAGGGGGUUCUGGACCAGAAUGCAACAGGUCUGCCUCAUUCGUCACAGCUAAGCACAUGUAGUCUUCAUCAGUUUCAAUUUCAAGGGUUUUCCUCGUCUAGAGUUAGAGCGAAUUCUAUCUAUCUAUCUUAUACAGUUCAGAUCUAUCUAUCUUAUACAGUUCAGAUCUAUCUAUCUAUCUUAUUCAGUUCAGAUCUAUCUAUCUAUCUUAUUCAGUUCAGAUCUAUCUAUCUAUCUUAUUCAGUUCAGAUCUAUCUAUCUUAUUCAGAUCUAUCUAUCUAUCUUAUUCAAUUCAGAUCUAUCUAUCUAUCUUAUUCAAUUCAGAUCUAUCUAUCUAUCUUAUUCAAUUCAGAUCUAUCUAUCUUAUUCAAUUCAGAUCUAUCUAUCUAUCUUAUUCAAUUCAGAUCUAUCUAUUUAUAUUAUACAUGUCCUUCCUCUGUGUAUCUUUCUAUUCUUCUGUCUCUUUCUAUUGUAUUUCCUUCCUGUCUCUUUCUAUUCUUCUGUCUCUUUCUAUUGUAUUUCCUCCCUACCCUUUUCCUUCCUCUCCAGCCUCUUUCUAAGACCCUUUUCCUUCCUCUCCAGCCUCUUUCUAAGACCCUUUUCCUUCCUCUCCAGCCUCUUUCUAAGACCCUUUUCCUUCCUCUCCAGCCUCUUUCUAAGACCCUUUUCCUUCCUCUCCAGCCUCUUUCUAAGACCCUUCCUCUCCAGCCUCUUUCUAAGACCCUUCCUCUCCAGCCUCUUUCUAAGACCCUUCCUCUCCAGCCUCUUUCUAAGACCCUUCCUCUCCAGCCUCUUUCUAAGACCCUUCCUCUCCAGCCUCUUUCUAAGACCCUUCCUCUCUGA